AUGUUCCGUACCUCGACCACCAGUAGUGACUCUGCACUAGACAAGGUGUGGAAGACCAAGACUAAGAAGCGAAAGCGUCGCGGCGGAUCACGGGGAAGUCGCAAACAACGCAAUAACGAUCCCGUUGAGAGUGAUAGUGUGGGGGGCCCUACGUGCGCAUUGAAAUGGGUCUACGUGUGCAUUGAUUCCGAAGGUUUGGAGCACGGUAUCGGUAUCCCCGCUUUACAGGACGGAGCGUUGGAGGGCUACAUUCUGCGCCUACAUCCUGAAGAAGGUGCCAUUCCAACCGCAAUUCCCCGUUCCUCAUUGAAUGCGAAGCGAAGAGAACCACAGAGCUCCAAUCGCUGUCGAGGCACUGCAGACGACACCACCAAUCUUUCGUAUCCUGACCGGAAACGCUCACCUCGACAACCUCCUGUUCGCACAUCCGGCCGAGCAGCAUACGAACGUCAACCUUCAGCGCCAGAAUUGAUUUCCAGCGCCUCGAUCCCUAUUUUCUGGCAGUCCAGGCCACCUACGAUCACGAUUUCUCGGCGCCCAGCCUCUGGAAAGCUCAGGGCCUUCAGUAACACCUUCGCGCCCUACUUCGCUAUCACGACAUCAUACUUGUCGCGAAUAGCGAUCGCAUUACAUGUUGGGAAAGUGAUCGCGAACUAUCCGAACUAA